ACUACUAUGGGUAAUUCUUUCCAGUCUGGUAAUAGGAUUGCCGCUUUGCCGAUUAAGACUAUGCUCACCUUAUAGAAAAUCUCGUAACAAACAACAUUUUUCGACCGAAUGUCAUUUUCCACCCUCUAAAAUUUACCAAAAACGUCAACGGUCGUCUACUAUUUCCCGUAUGGACGUAAUUCUGCCAAGUUUUCAACCUUGAGUGAAUAACUUUUUUGUUUUUAUUGAGAUUUUCUAAAUUGGUGGCAGUUCGGCAACAUGGACCAGUAUGCAAUUUUCGGCUGCGCGAAUCGUGCGUGCGGGCAUGUGCGCGUGCCACAGCAGACUGUAGUGUAUGGAAUUACCCUAUGUACUGCAUGCAGUACAAUAACAACAUAGACAUUUACCUCUGAUCGACAUAGAGAAAGACAAGUAUUUAACAGUAAGCCUUGUUCUAUGGCCUGUCUAUACCUUGUCUGAGUAUUCAUCUCUGUAUUCAUUAUUCAUUAUAUUCCAAGACUCGCAGUAUUGCACAUAUUUGACCGACUACGUUAUGGAAAAAACAGAUAGGUGUCGAAUUUGUCGUGCAAAAACUAACAACUUACAAAAUAUAUUUACAUGUAUAGAGCUAGAAGACUGCAAAGCUACUUUGCAACUCUCCGAUAUGAUAUGUUCCUUUACUCAAGUUCAGAUCACUUUAUAUGAUGGCCUGCCAGAUCAAAUUUGUGGAUCCUGUACAAAUGCAACAGUUCAAAUGUAUUUAUUUAAACUAAGGAUUGAAGAGAGCGACAGAUUUUUGAGAAACAAACUGCUAGAAACGGAAUCCAGCAGUUUAUUGUCAGAAAACAUUUUUCGAGUCGGUUUCGUAUCCGAGAAUGCGGAUACCAACUCUGAAAAUGUAAAAAUGCUUUCUAGCUUUGAUUGCCAACAUUUUCUGAACCAAGACAAUGAAGAAGCCGCUAAACAGGAUAUUAAUGUAGCCAGGUCACAAAAGGCCAAGAAAUGUUUUUGCAGUAUUUGUAAUAAAAAGUUUGCCAAAGAAGAUUCACUGCUUAAACACAAGAUAGGUCAUCUAAUGGAAGUGCGAGAUGUUGAAAGCAGCAUUCUGAAAAAUAAUGAUAAUAUUGAAUUGAAAGGACAAAACAGCCCUGUUAUAUAUUUCAAGACUGUGGCAUUAGAUCCGAACAAUGCGAACUUGGAAGGCAACGUUCAGUGCUUUUCAUGUGUACUGUGCAAUUGCAUAUUUCUCAAUGAAGAGUUACUUAAAAAACAUCUUAAUGAUCAUGCCAUCAAAAUGAAAUUAAAUAAGAUGGAAGAUGGAUACUUUCUUUGCAAAUUGUGCGAGUAUGAAACUAAUGAUAUUCAAGAACUGAAAGUUCAUACUCGCAGAAAGCACAGUGAAAAAAAAAGCAAUAAUAAGUCUUUCUCUUGUUCACACUGCCUUAUGGACUAUUCAAAAGAAGGCUAUUCGCAUAAUCAUUUAGAGUAUCACAUAAACGACGAAAAGGAUGUGAAGCUCUCCAAGAAAGCGGCAGGAAUAAGUGAUGGGUACUCCUGCAAUCACUGUGAUAUGUUGUUCGAAACCAAAGUCCAAUUACGGAGACAUUUAAGAAAGUCUAACAGGGACCCACUAGUUGAGCCGGAAAAAAAACCUCACGUUUGCCAAAUAUGUUUGAAAGCAUUUAACCAAUUAUCUAAUUUAAAAGACCACAUGAGGACUCAUAAUGGAGAGAAGCCGUUUUUGUGCCCCACUUGUGGAAAAGGUUUCAAUCAACAGGGAAACUUAAAACAACAUCAAGUGAGACACAGUGGAGUGAAGUCUCACAAAUGCACUAUUUGCAAUUCUGGGUUUGCCAGUAGAGGGGAACUGAAAGCGCAUCUCAGGAAACAUACAGGUGCUCGACCAUUUGUUUGCAGCUCUUGUGGAAAUGGAUUUACCACCUCCUCCUCCUUAACGAAACACAAGCGUAUUCACUCGGGAGAAAAACCGUAUGAGUGCGAGUUCUGCAAAAUGAAAUUUUCCCGAUCUGGGAUUUUGACACGACACAGGCGAAUUCACACUGGUGAAAAACCGUACAUUUGCAACAUUUGUGAAAAAGCAUUCACUCAAUCCAACGAUUUAACUUCUCAUCAACGAAUUCACACUGGAGAAAAACCAUAUAAGUGCGACGAAUGCGGCCAGCCUUUCAGACAGAGUUCAGCGUUGAAAACUCAUAGAAAGGUGCAUUUAGCUACCAAACCAAAGCAAAUUAAGCAGCAAAGUACACCGAAAGAGAAGGCAGUUUUUGUCGAAGAUGGAGAAAACUUACUAAUCAGUAGUUAAAUUCGAGGACUUUAAUGCUGUUGAUUGAAAAUGGUCAGUGUUGCUGACGGGCAGCGUAGAGCCUAGUGGUGAAUCGUUCGUACCUAGAACGAUUCAAAUCAGAUACGCAGUACAAUCCUGAUAUUUUCUUAGAAAUAAUAUACACAAAAUAAAACUCUUUCUUUGUGCACACAUGCAGUUAAAAUUUGAGUCUUUCGAUAUACAAUAGAAAGAAAAAUAGUUCAAAUAA